ACAACAUCAUCAACAACAACAACAACAACAAGUUCAAGAUCAACCAAAAAAUAAUAAUAAGACAAAUAAUAGAAAAUCAGAUUCUAAUGUAUUACGUGGCAGAACUCGAUCUACAAUUUCUCAUAGAGGUCAUCGUAAAUCUCUUCCAAGCGAUAUGGCAGAAAGAUUACAUACAAUGAAUUUGGCACCACCAAAACCUGCUCGUAAAUCAAAAACUGCUGCACCAUUUGCAUGUCCUUAUGAAGAUUGUCCAAAAACCUUUACUCGUCAAUAUAAUUUAAAAAGUCAUUUACGUACUCACACUGAUGAAAGACCAUUCCUUUGUGGAUAUCAAGGUUGUAUGAGAGCUUUCGCAAGACAACAUGAUCGUAAACGUCAUUAUAAUUUACAUUUAGGUUUCAAACCUCAUGUUUGCAGUCAUUGUAGUCGUGCUUUUGCUAGAUUAGAUGCUUUAAAUCGUCAUCUUCGUUCUGAUAGUGGUCUUCCUUGUGCUCAAGCUACUCUUCCACAUUCUGGUGCAAAAAAAUUUAAACCAGUCAAUAUGUAGAUGACUUUUCAUGAUAUUCCAAAAACCAAAAAAAAACCAAAAAAAACCAAAAAAACCAAAAAAAAAAAAAAUAUUUUAUUCGGCCUCGUAUUCUUUUUACUUUAAACAAUUUUUAGAUUUUUAUUUAAAUUUCUGUAAUUAGACUGUUGGGGACAAUUGUAAAUAAUAUUCAACGGAAAAAAAUUCGAUCAUCUCGUUUAAAAUUGGCAAAUUUAAUCUGAAUAAUAUAACACAUCGGCAAAUUCUGAAUUAUAACAUAGCAUUUUUCGAGCAUUUUUACGUUUUCUUAUCUUUUUUUUUAAUUCGUCAUGAUUUUCUUCCAUUUUUUUUCACUUUUUUUUUUUUUUUU